AUGCCAGGCGCGGAUGAGGUUACACAAGGACCCGCAGAUGAACUAGAAGCACCUGAGCCGCUUGCAAUAGUGGAGCUGGACUGUGCACCUGAGCUAGAAGCACCUGAGCCCGUAGCUGUAACAGAGCCGGACUGUGCAGCGGAGCUAGAAGCACCAGAUUGGCUAGGAGUAGCUGAGCCGGAUUGUGCACCAGAGCUAGAAGCACCAGAUUGGCUAGGAGUAGCUGAGCCGGAUUGUGCACCAGAGCUAGAAGCACCAGAUUGGCUAGGAGUAGCUGAGCCGGAUUCUAGACUGAGCUGGGCUAGAGGGGUUCACAGUGUUAGAUGGGCAAGGUCCAACCGUAGUCAAAGUGAUGGGACCACUAGAGCACGGUUUCAACAACGGGAUGGUGAUAGGCGAGGAAAGCGUGGCCCCAAUUUGGUUGACACUGUUGAUAAGCUUGUUGAUGUUGUCGAUAUCAGCACAGUCGUAGCAGCCACUAGACUUGGCGAGAAUGGAAGCAAUCGUACCAAUGACGCUGUUCAGGCUACCGAUAAGACCCGAAAGAAUCAAUUUGAGGACGGGAGCCAAGAUACCGCUACUGUUAGCGAGUUGCUGGGCAACAUUCUCAAUAACAGUGACCAAGUUAUCAACAAUCUUAAAGAUCGACAGGAGUGCAUCGCCAGCGAGACAGGUGAUGCCACCAAGGGCAGCAAGCAAAGCCUCGAUAGCGCCGGUAACUGCAGCAAGCAGAGGGCCAAGCGCGGCAAUAUUGCCGGCGGCGUCUUGACUGCUGAAGCGAAUGCCGCUGAGAAACUGCUAGCAACCUUAGCUGCCGAAGAAACAUCGGCACAAGCAAUAUCACUGGGGAACCCGGCAAAUAGCUGGGCCUCGAUCUUAGAUGCUGGGCUCGCAAGCGAAGUAAUGUCUCCAACAACAAUGCCUCCAACAUUGUUUGCAGAAAAUGCAUUCGCCUUGGCAUUGAGGCUAUCCAUCAGAGUUGCAAUAUCUGCAACAAGGGUAUUCAACGAGUUAAUGUAG